AUGGGGGAUGAAGAUAAAACAGUUGAACAUGAAGAUUUGGAACCAUCCACAGGGAUGAAUCACACAGCCUCUGCGAAUCAACAAAUACAGGAGGAACCUAUUACAAACCAAAUAGGAUUAGAUGAAAAUGAAUCACCUGAAGGAAGUAGCGCUUUGACCAGCAGUGGGGAAAGACUACAAGAAACACCAACUGAAUUAAAUCAUUUGCAAAGACUAAGGCAAGCAUUUGCUUGCCCUCCACAUGGCUUACUGGAUAAAGUAAUAACAAAUGUUACCAUGGUUGUUCUCCUGUGGGCUGUAGUUUGGUCAAUCACUGGCAGUGAAUGUCUUCCCGGAGGAAACCUGUUUGGGAUUAUAAUCCUUUUCUAUUGUGCCAUCAUUGGAGGCAAACUUUUUGGGCUCAUCAGGUUACCUACGUUGCCUCCACUGCCUCCUCUUCUUGGCAUGCUGCUUGCUGGGUUUCUCAUAAAAAAUAUCCCUGUCAUCAAUGAUAAUGUACAGAUCAAGCACAAGUGGUCCUCUGCUUUGAGAAGCAUAGCCCUGUCUAUCAUAUUGGUUCGUGCUGGCCUUGGGCUUGAUUCAAAGGCCCUGCAGAAGUUGAAGGGUGUUUGUAUGCGAUUAUCCAUCGGUCCUUGUCUUGUGGAGGCAUGCACGUCCGCUCUUCUUGCCCACUUCCUACUGGGUUUACCAUGGCAAUGGGCAUUUAUACUGGGUUUUGUUGUAGGUGCUGUCUCUCCAGCUGUUGUGGUGCCUUCAAUGCUCCUUUUGCAGGAAGGAGGUUAUGGUGUUGAAAAAGGUAUCCCAACCUUACUCAUGGCAGCUGGCAGCUUCGAUGACAUUCUGGCCAUCACUGGCUUCAACACGUGCUUAGGCAUGGCCUUUUCCACAGGCUCCACUGUUUUUAAUGUCUUCAGAGGAGUUUUGGAGGUGUUAAUUGGUGUGGCAACUGGAUCCCUUCUUGGAUUUUUCAUUCAGUACUUUCCAAGCAGUGACCAGAGCAAACUUGUAUGGAAGAGAGCCUUCCUUGUCCUGGGGCUCUCUGUGCUAGCGGUGUUCAGCAGCAUGUACUUUGGUUUCCCUGGGUCAGGAGGACUCUGCACAUUGGUCAUGGCUUUCCUUGCAGGCCGGGGAUGGGCCAGCAAAAAGGCAGAGGUUCAAAAAAUUAUUGCAGUUGCCUGGGACAUCUUUCAGCCCCUUCUCUUUGGACUGAUUGGAGCAAAGGUGUCUGUUGCAUCUCUCAGACCAGAAACUGUAGGCUGCAAUAGGAUCUGUAGCUUUGGACACAGCAAAAUCACGUGGAGAUAAACAGUCAGAAGAAUAUGGAAUGGAUGUGCUGACAGUGGCGUUUUUGGCCAUCCUCAUCACAGCCCCAAUUGGAAGUCUACUGAUUGGCUUGCUGGGCCCCAGGCUUCUCCAGAAAGCUGA